AAACGCGAGGCUAAUGCCAGAAAUAGGAGCAGCAGGUCGGCAAGUACCACGUCUAUAAUGUCCUGGAAGACGUCAAGCAAGAGGCCAAGGGGGAUCUCAUGGAAUUCAAGCUCUAUGCUGAGCAAGAGCGGUGCCCCAUAGCCCAGGAAGACUGCACAAGCGACAUGAAGGGUGGUUGGGAACUCGACAAGUACAAGUUCUUGCACAUGAUCGAGCGCACAUGGAAGAUGCGCCCCAACAUGGAGUGGUACGUGUUCGCCGAAGCCGACAGCUACGUCUUCUGGCCCAACCUGAUCUGGUGGCUUCGCAACAAGGUGAAUUCCAAGGAUUUCCCUUACAUCGGAAGCGUGGCCAUGCUCAAGGGCUUUCCAUUUGCGCAUGGAGGUAGCGGUUACGUCAUCUCCGGUGAGACGGUCAAGAUGAUGGCCGAGACCCCUGGCCUGGCCGACAAGUACGAUCUGAUGGCUCCUCACGAGUGCUGCGGUGAUUACCUCAUGGCUCUGGCUGUCAACGACACUGGCCGCAAGGUGAAGCAGGCCCACCCCAUGUUCAAUGGCGAGAAACCCAGCACGUUGCCGUUUUCAGAAGGACAUUGGUGCCAAGCUCUCAUGACGAUGCACCACAUGAAUUCUGAGGAAGUCAGUCAAGUAUGGGAUUACGAGCAGAAACGAAAAUCAACUGGUUUUGUUCAAAUUAAGGACAUGUAUCAAGCCUUCUUCGCUCCGCACCUCGUCGAACAGCGGGAAGAUUGGACCAACUUAUCUGAUGAUGUUUGUUUCAUUGGUCCCGAUGAAGUAGCCCAGGCAGAGGCUAGUGACGGUGAAAAGAAUCGUCAGAAGCCCGAGAAGGACAAGAACGUCGUUGAGCGCCAGGCUCACCACUCGGCGGAGUUCUGCUCCAAGGUCUGCAUUGCGGAUGGACUCGACAUCUCUGCGAAUGACUACUGGGCUAUGGAUAACGACAGCGAACGUUUUGCUCUGGUUGAGUCGAGGUACGAUGAACGCGCCAAGGAUGUGAACUGGAACCGAGACCGCCAUUGCUUCCAGUGGCGAUACCACAAGAAAGUUUGUUGCGUUCACAAGAGCUUCAAACUCGGAAAGCCCAAGAAGGAGAGCCAACCGGAGGAUAAAUGGACCAGCGGGUGGUUCGUGAAGGGCAUCAACCACUGGAUCGAUGCCAGGGGCGAGUGCGAACCUGAGUGGAAGAACAUCAACUGAUUGUAGUAUAUACGGUGCAUCUGUAUGCUGCUGAGAGCGUUGUUUUCGCAUUACGGCGUUUGGAUACUGGCUAUUUUGUACACCACCACGAUAGAGGACUGUUUUGGAGAGUACUUGUCUCCGGCGUUUUGGCUACAGGCUACGGCAGCCUCGGUUUGGGUUUUAUAUGCUAGGUGUGUGGUGAUGGAUGGGUCGAGAA